AUGGCAAUAAUAAUAAUAACAAUUAUUAAUCGUAAUAUUAUUGGACCUGUAAUUAUAAUAGUAAUCAUGAAAAGCAAUAAUAAUGACGAUAAUAAUAAUAAUGGUAACAAUAAUAAUAAUAAUAAUAAUAAUAAUAAUGGUAAUAAUAAUGGUUACAACUAUAAUUAUAAACAGUAUGAUUAUUGGGUUUUUGUUAUUAUUUUUUUAACAUUAUUACCUCCAUAUUAUUGUUUUCUGUUAUGGAUGUCCAUAUAA